AUGACCGAGAAACUUGCGUCUGCGAAGGUCGAGCUUGCCUCUCACGAUGAGCACGGCGAGGUACGCAGAUCGAACACCAUUACUUUGCUCAGCGAUAUCAUGCUAACCCGCAUGCACAAACUGGUCAACCCUCUGGCUGGAAUUGCGAAAGAUGGUCUGAUGCGGCAAGUGGAACGCUUUGCCACGGACAAGGACCUCCUCGACAUCCUACCGCUCCUGCAGAAAGGUGCAUACGUUGCUCAAGCCGCAGUGCCACUGGCAGAAAUCGAAGAGCUCGAUCCGGAUGAGCUCGAGGGACUGCAGCACGAGCUCACGCACAGGUGGGCCCACCCAUUCGCCCUAUAUGCCACCGUGUUUGUCUGUUCGAUCGGAGCAGCGGUACAGGGCUGGGAUCAAACGGGCUCAAACGGGGCCAAUUUGACGUUCCCCGUCGAAUUUGGCAUCGCGUCUGGCUCCAGUAGGGAUAACUGGCUGAUCGGCUUGGUCAACGCUGCUCCCUAUAUCUCUUCUGCUAUCUUGGGAUGCUGGCUGUCUGAUCCGUUUAACGAUCUCCUGGGCCGUCGUGGAGCAACUUUUAUGGCGGCGGUUUUCUGCAUCUUGACACCUAUCGGCGGUGCACUCUCGCAAAACUGGCACCAGCUCCUCGUGACUAGGCUCCUCAUGGGGUUUGGAAUGGGCCUCAAAGCUGCGACGAUUCCCAUGUACGCCGCAGAGAAUUCUCCGGCCGUCAUUCGAGGUGCCCUAGUCAUGGGCUGGCAGAUGUGGACGGCUUUCGGCAUCUUUCUCGGGUUUGCCGCCAAUCUCGUGGUCUACCGGGUCGGCAAAAUUGCGUGGAGGCUUCAGAUUGGGUCUGCUUUUAUCCCAGCCGUCCCGCUCGCCCUCCUCGUCUUCUUCUGUCCAGAGUCUCCACGUUGGCUGAUGAAGAAGAAUCGGUACCGAAACGCGUUUGAGUCGCUCUGCCGACUGCGAAAACAUAGAAUACAAGCAGCGCGCGACCUCUACUACGUCCAUGCUCAGCUCGUCAUCGAAUACGAGAUGGCGGCUGCGUCGACGUACGCUAUUAGACUCCGCGAACUCGUCACGGUCCCUCGUAUUCGACGAAGCGCCAUAGCAGCCUUGGUCGUCUUUAUGGGCCAGCAAUUCUGCGGGAUGAAUAUCAUUGCCUUUUACUCGUCGACGGUCUUUGUCCAAGCUGGUGCCUCCGAGCACACCGCACUACUUACUUCGCUGGGCUACGGUGUCAUCAACUUCGCGUUUGCCAUCCCCGCAAUCUUUCUCAUUGACAGGUUCGGUCGGAGAUCUUUACUUCUCUCGACCUUCCCACAUAUGGCAUGGACGCUCCUCGCCGCGGGCUUUUGCUUCUACAUUCCAGAGUCCAGCAAGGCGCAUGUUGGCAUGAUUGCCUUCUUCAUCUACGCAUUCACCGCUCUUUACUCGGUUGGUCAAGGGCCGGUGGCUUUCGUGUACUCUGCGGAAGCCUUCCCAUUGUCACACAGGGAGAUCGGCAACAGCUGGGCCGUGUCGGCGACGUUUGCCCUGUCCUCGGCUCUCUCGUUGACGUUUCCCCUGAUGUUGAGCAAAUUCACCGCGACAGGUGCAUUCGGUUUCUACGCUGGCAUGAACUUGUUUGUCUUCAUUCUGAUGUUCCUCUUCGUCCCAGACACCAGUGGCUACACCCUGGAAGAGCUCGACUACGUCUUUGCGGUGCCGACGAGACGAUUCAUCAGCUAUCAAGUUAGUAAGGUCUUACCAUGGGCGUUAAGACGGUACCUCUUCUUCCGGCGUGGGGAGCACUUGGAACCCUUGUACCGUUUUGAGCGCAGCGAUCAACACGGCUCGGGGUGCUACACUGAGAGAAAGAUCGAGCCAGGGUCCAAGAUAAGUAGCGUGGCCUGA